UUCAUGCAUAUCUGCUCGGUGUUUUUGUGUGAAAGUCGCAAAAAGUUAAACGGUGUGUUUUAAGAAUUACUUCUAGUUCAAUUAUUCCGGGCAAAAUCCUCGAUAAUGGCGCCUCAAAAGGAAACACAGCAGUCAAAAUUGUCUGAAUCGCAAGAUGUAGCCUCGAAAAAGUUUAAAAAAUUCUCGAGAUCAUUUCCUGAAACCGCGGGUGAUGAUAUUGUUAUAUCAGGGAUGGCUGGAAAAUUUCCAAAUUCUCAUAAUAUUGAGGAAUACGAGUACAAUCUCUACAAUAAGAUUGAUAUGGUAGAUGAUGAUGAACGUCGCUGGCGCCAUUUCAACCCUGAGAUUCCCAAACGAGCCGGAAAAAUUCAUGAUUUGGAAAAAUUCGAUGCCACAUUUUUUGGUGUUCAUUUCAAACAAGCCCAUACAAUGGACCCACAAACGCGGAUUUUGAUCGAAACAGCUUAUGAGGCUGUGAUAGAUGCAGGCAUAAAUCCGAAAAACCUCCGCGGUACAAAAACCGGUGUUUACGUUGGUUCGUGUAUUUCAGAGUCGGAGAAAACUUGGUUUUAUGAAAAAGUGUCAUCCGGAGGAUUUGGCAUAACCGGUUGUAGUCGCGCAAUGAUGGCAAACAGAAUUUCUUAUUGUCUAGGUUUGCAAGGGCCGUCUUUUUUAGUAGAUACUGCUUGUUCCAGCUCAAUGUAUGCCUUAGACAGUGCUUUCUCUGCUUUGCGUAGUGGUGAAAUAGAUGCAGCAAUUAUUGGAGGAUCGAAUUUAAUAUUGCAUCCGUUUGUAACCCUUCAGUUUGCUAGACUAGGCGUAUUAGCAUCUGACGGCUACUGUCGACCUUUCGACAAAAAUGCAUCUGGUUACACGCGAGCCGAAGCAAUAAAUUGCUUGUUCUUACAACGAAGGCGUGAAGCUAAACGUGUAUAUGCAACCGUUGUUUACUCAAAAACCAACUGCGAUGGAUAUAAGCCCGAAGGAAUAACAUACCCCUCUGGAAAACUUCAAGAACAACUAAUCGCUGAAUUUUAUAACGAAAUCGAUGUGAAACCCAUUGACUUAGGGUACUUGGAAGCGCAUAGCACUGGAACUGUGGUAGGUGAUCCCGAAGAGUGCCGAGCAAUUGAUAACAUCUUAUGCAGCCAGCGCAAAGAACCUUUACUUGUUGGCUCAGUAAAAUCGAAUAUCGGCCACUCCGAAUCGGCUUCUGGCAUUUGUUCAUUGGUGAAAGCGUGUCUUGCAUUUGAAAACGGAAAGAUUGCUCCAAACAUAAACUUUAGUGAGGUGAAACCUGAAAUUACUGCUUUGUCAGAAGGCCGCCUAGUUGUGGUAAAAGAGGUCGAGAAUCUGGAGAAACCUUACAUAGGAGUCAAUUCUUUUGGUUUUGGGGGAGCUAAUGCACAUGCCCUUUUAAAAGGGUUCGACAAGCCCAAAAUAAACAAUGGCGUCCCAAACGAUGAUAUUCCCAGAUUGUUAACAUGGGCUGGAAGAACUGAAGAGUCCAUCAAUGAAGUGUUUAAUUCAGUGGAGAAAAAACCAUUGGAUGCAGAGUUUGUCGCAUUAUUACAUAAUAUACAAAAGGAGGAGGUCUCCGGCAUGGUAUUUCGGGGAUAUGCCGUAUUUGAGAAAUGCGGAACAGAGCGCGUAAAGACCCUUGUUAGAGACGUUCAACACUUUACUGGCAUAAAACGCCCUGUUGUUUGGGUAUUUAGUGGUAUGGGUUCCCAGUGGACAGCUAUGGGAGCAUCACUAUUGCAGAUUCCUACUUUUUUCCAAUCUAUUACACGAAGCCAUUAUACUCUACAAUCGAAAGGACUUGACUUAAUGAACAUUCUAACAUCAACAGAUCCGACUAUAUUCGAUAAUAUAAUGCACUCAUUUGUAGGCAUCGCUGCAAUUCAAAUUGGUUUAGUAGACGUCUUACGUUCAUUAAAUAUCGAACCUGAUUACAUAAUUGGGCAUUCCGUGGGUGAAUUAGGUUGCGGUUAUGCUGACGGAUGUUUCACUGCAGAACAGAUGAUUUUGGCUUCUUACUAUCGCGGAAAAGUCAGUUUAGAAAUGGAGAAAAUAAAAGGUUCGAUGGCGGCAGUAGGAAUGGGCUACAAAAAUAUUGUGAACAUGCUGCCAGAUGUAAUUGAAGUGGCUUGUCGAAAUAGUUCAGAUUCGUGCACUAUUUCUGGUCCAGCCGAUGACAUAGCUAAAUUUGUGGCAGAUUUAAAGGCAAAAGAUAUUUUUGCCAAAGAAGUUCCUUGUUCAAAUAUUGCUUAUCAUUCGCGUUAUAUUGCCCAUAUGGGUCCUGACUUUCUAAAAUAUUUGCAAAAAAUAAUACCCAAUCCAAAACCUAGAAGUGCAAAGUGGUUGAGCACCAGUGUACCAAAGAAUGAUUGGGAGCAAUCAGGACGCAAUCUAUGCUCUGCAGAAUAUCACGCUAACAACCUUUUGAAUAGUGUUCUUUUUGAGGAGACUUUCGAUUUGCUCCCCAGAAAUGCAUUAACGAUUGAGAUUGCACCACACGGAUUGCUACAAGCAAUUCUAAGACGAUCAAUGCCGAAAGGAAUUCAUAUUCCUCUAACACAACGUAAUAAUAAAAAUAACACUUUGUUCCUGCUCACCGCUUUAGGAAAAUUGUUCAGCUGUGGAGUUACCUUCCCUGUGGAUAAGUUAUAUCCAAAAGUUGAAUUCCCCGUAUCGAAAGGUACGCCUGGUAUUAGCUCGUUAGUGCGUUGGGACCACAGUGAAGAUUGGUUUGUAACGAAAUAUGAGAAUAUGAAAACUAAGUCGAGUGGCGAGCGCUUGUUUAAAAUAAACUUGAGUAGUGAUAAUGAGGAAUUUCUGAGCGGCCACAUUAUUGACGGCAAAAUCUUAGUUCCGGCUACUUGUUAUCUCCAAUAUGUGUGGGAGACAUUUUCUUUGAUGUAUCACGGGCCCAGCUACAUGGACGUUCCGGUUGAGUUCGAAGAUGUGCGUUUUUUGCGAGCAACAAAUAUGACUUUAAAUGGAAAUGUGGAGCUGAAUGUGAUGAUUCAUUAUGGAACAGGACAAUUUGAAAUUACCGAAUCGGGCAGCUUGGUUGUGACUGGAUGUAUACGUGAAAUUGAGAAACCAACAAUACCAAAACCUUACGGGUCAAAUGAGAAAUCAAACUUCCCACUGUUGUCAAGGAAAGAUUUUUACAAAGAACUCAGGUUGCGCGGUUAUCAUUAUAAUGGUGGUUUCCGUGCGGUAACUCUAGCACGUGGUGACGGCCUAUAUGGCAGAGUAGAGUGGAAGUAUAAUUGGGUCACAUUCAUGGAUGCUAUGUUGCAAAUUCAAAUUUUGGGAACUGAUUCGCGUACUUUACUUAUUCCAACCAAAAUUCGCAAGUUGCGAAUUUAUGGGCUGCACCAUUUUGAUCUCAUGACCAAAAUGGAUCCAGAAAAUCGCGUUUUCGAUGUUUACGUUGAACCUAAGCAUGAUCGCAUUGUUGCUGGUGGUAUUGAAUUAAUUGGACUGCAUGCCAGUCCUGUACAAAGGCGCAAAGCUCCUGGCAUACCUGUGCUUGAAAAAUACCAAUUCAUUUCACAAUUUCCAACACCUGUCCUUAACUUAAAAGAUGCUGUGCGCGUAUGCGUUCAAUUAGCGCUAGAAAAUACGCCUUCAUUGAAAAUGAAAAUUGUAGAAGUAGGCGCAGUCGACAAAGAACCGGUUAUAUCCAACUUUGUAGAAGCAUUAGAGGACUUGCCUUUGGUAACAGGUGAUUGCUUGCUCUUCACAGAUCAACCAGUGGAUGAAAUAGCUGGAGUCCAUAUAGAAACUGCAAAAUUUACAAAUCAAACGAAUUGUCAUUUUAUCGUGGCUAAUGACCUUUUCCGUGAGCAAAAUGAUGUUGUGGCAAAUGCAGCUUAUAAGAGUCUGGUUGAAAAUGGUUACCUAAUUUCAAAAGAAAACUCGUCUUUCACUCAAUCCAGUUUUGAGGUUUUUGAAAAUUUCAAUUUAAUCGCAAAUAUACGUUUGACUGGCGAUGAGAAAAUUUUAUUACUUCAAAAAGUCGUUAAAAAACUCGCGUUUGAACCGGUGGUUGUGAAAGUUUCUGAGAAAGACGAUGAAUUUGCGUGGAUUUCACAAAUUCAAACAAAUCUUGCCAACAAAACUCCAUUAGUGCUUUAUUCCUACAACGAAGUUACUAAUGGCCUUAUUGGGCUUGUGAACUGCUUGCGUAAGGAGCCCGAUGGAAAUCUAAUUUCUUGCUUUUUCAUAAACGAUAAGAGCGCUCCUCCGUUUGAUUUGACGAACUCACUUUAUAAAGCCCAAUAUGCACUGGGUCUUGCUGUUAAUGUGUAUCAUCAGGGCAAAUGGGGCUCUUACAGACAUUUACAGUUAGCCUGUGACAUCUCGCCAAAGCCAAGAUCAGAUCACAUCUAUGGAAAUGUCAUGCAACGAGGCGACUUAUCCACCUUGCGCUGGUUGGAGGGCCCUUUGGACACCAAUACAUGCUCCGUUCGAAUUGUGUACUCGUCACUUAACUUUAGGGAUGUUAUGUUGGCAACUGGCCGCUUGGCUGUUGAAUUGUACGGUAGUAGUCGUCUUGACCAGUUGUGCGUACUGGGUUUGGAAUUCUCCGGAAUAAACAUGAAGACUGGUAGGAAAAUCAUGAGCAUGGUCGCAAAAGCCGGAGCCGCAUCUUUUAACGAAAGACCACCUAAAUUUAUGUGGGAUGUCCCUGACCACUGGACUCUCCGAGAAGCAGCUACAGUUCCAGUCGUAUACAUUACCGUAUACUAUGCAUUUUUCAUGAAAACAGAUAUACGCAAGGGAAAGAGUAUUCUUAUUCACGCAGGAACUGGUGGGAUAGGCCUUGCAGCCAUACGUGUCGCAUUGGCUUACAAUCUAGAAGUAUUUACCACUUGCAGUACGGCUCUGAAGAAACAAUUUUUAUUAGAAACAUUCCCCGAAUUAAAAGAAAGUCACAUUGGCAAUUCUCGAGAUACAUCUUUUGAAAUAAUGAUACAACGUGAAACCGAAGGCAAGGGCGUCGACUUUGUGCUGAACUCAUUGGCUGAAGACAAAUUAUUAGCGUCAGUUCGUUGUUUGGGAGCGGGCGGCCAUUUCCUAGAAAUCGGAAAAUUUGAUAUGUCCAACGAUACAAAACUCGGCAUGAGCUGUUUCCUUAAAGAGAUAACAUUCCACGCAGUCCUGGCUGACAGGCUAGAGUUCGCUGCAGAUGAAGAGAUUUAUUGUUUAAAACAUAUGAUUGAUGUUGGCAUCGAAAAGGGUAUUAUUCAGCCCCUGCCAUAUACAGUUUUCCCAGCUCAGGAUAUUGAACAAGCAUUCAGACAUCUCAUAGGUGGAAAACAUAUCGGCAAAGCCUUAAUUCAAGUUCGCGAAGAUGCAGAAUCGACAGUUACGUUACCAGUUAAAGUUCUAAGUCAACUUUACUUUAAACCUGACCGCAGCUAUAUAAUCCCUGGCGGCCUCGGCGGUUUCGGUUUAGAGUUAGCAGAUUGGAUGGCAAUACGUGGAGCACGCAAAUUGGUGCUUAGCUCCAGCCGUGGCAUAUCGAAGGAUUAUCAAGCGUACAGGAUAGCUUUAUGGAAAACAUAUGGUUGUGAAGUUAUUGUCAGUAUGUUUGACAUAAGUACCAUUGAGGGUUCUAUGGCCUUAAUUAAUCAAGCUGCAGAAAUGGCACCCGUUGGAGGAAUAUUCAAUUUGGCAGUAGUCUUGAGAGAUGGAAUAUUUAUGAAUCAAACGAAAGAAAAAUUCGUGGAAAGCUUUGCUCCUAAAGCCACGGCCACAAAAUAUUUAGACCAGUUAUCGCGUUCCCUUUGCCCUCAUCUAGAGCAUUUCGUUGUAUUUUCGAGUGUUUCGUGUGGUCGUGGCAAUGCUGGACAAACAAACUAUGGAAUGGCAAAUUCAAUUAUGGAGCGCAUUAUAGAGGAUCGAGUUCAGCACGGUUACCCCGGAAAAGCGAUUCAAUGGGGAGCGAUUGGAGAGGUUGGUCUGGUCGCAGAUAUGGCUGAAGAUAAGCUGGACAUGGAUAUUGGUGGCACUUUACAGCAACGCCUUUCGUCUUGCCUAUUUGAAUUGGACGUGCUCUUAGCUAGUCCGGAGCCGAUAGUCUCUAGCAUGGUGGUUGCUGAAAAACGUGCCGGGCGCAGAGGAAAUGAAAGUAUACUGGAAACUGUUAUGAACAUCAUGGGCAUUCGAGACUUGAAAUCUGUGUCCUUGGGCACUACAUUAUCUGAAAUAGGCAUGGAUUCUCUAAUGGCAGUUGAAAUAAAGCAAACCUUGGAAAGAGAUUUCGAUCUUACACUGACGCCACAAGAUUUACGUGGGCUGACAUUCCAAAAAUUGCAAGAAUAUGCAGAUGCGCGAGAAAAAGAGAGCACGGAAGCUGUGAAAAUGAUAUUUUCCUCAGAUAGUAAUCUUCUGGGAAUGGAGAUUUUAUUAAGAAAUCUGGGUGAUGAAGCACGUUGCAAUGAAGUUAUGAUACCUCUUCAGACAUCGGCCGAUGCUACAAAACAAUCAAUGUCACCAAUUAUAAUAAUACCGGGCUUGGAAGGCACAGCAGGUCAGGCAUGGUACAACAUGGGCGCACAUAUAAACAAUCCUACAUUUGUUUUACAACUUCACAAAUUCGCUGACUAUUCAACGGUUACCGACGUUGCUGCAGCAUGCUUUGAAUAUGUCAAAGCAGAGUUGAAGGCUACAGAACCUUUUUAUAUCAUUGGAUAUUCAUAUGGGGCAUUUGUAGCUCUACAAUUGGCUGCAAUGUUGGAAAAAGCCAAUUUUCGAGGGCAACUUUUAUUCAUCGACGGAGCUCCGCAUUUCCUUAAAAAAUUAACCUUAGCCCAUUUAGGCGAUAACUUCACCGAUAUUGAUUUAUAUAAUGUACUUCUUACCAGUAUUGUAAAACAAAUAUAUCCAGACGAGCCUCACCAGUUAGUUAUCUUAGAGUUUGGUAAACUCGACAAAUUAACUGAUAAAAUGUCAAGAUUUAUGGAUUAUGUAAGCAAGCAAGACUUAUACAGUAAAGAAUACGCACAUAACCUGGUUAAUGCGAUGUUUCAACGCAUUCGUAUGGCUGCCAAUUAUGACUUGGAUAAUAUUGAUGUAUUGACAACACCAAUCACCUUAAUCAGGCCUGCCGAAGUAUCAUUACAGGAUAUAGAAGAGGACUAUUGCCUAUCAAAAAUUACAACAGGAAAAGUAGUUCUUAAAGUUAUUGACGGAAAUCAUACUUCCAUGUUGGACAACCCUGUUUUGCCGCAGAUAAUUAACGAAAUGAAUCCUGCUCUUCAGGAUGACAAAAAUUUUGAAGAAUAUAUUCGCAAUGUGAAACCAGUGGUUCCACUGGUUUAGUGUGACCCCCAUUUCUUACAAUAAUUACAUGUAAUUAUAUAUAGAAUGAUAUGGUUACUUUGCUCAUAAAACAGUGUUAUAUGCCCUUUACAAUAAAUAUAUUUAACAAAUG